AUGGGCUCCGGAACUACUGCGGCAGCUUGUAAAGAAUUAGGUCGUAAUUUUAUUGGUUCCGAACUUGAUAAAGAAUACUUUCAAAAAGCCUCCGCGAGGUUAGAAAAGUUGAAUGUAUCGAAAUCUGAACUGGAAUUAGGUAAAGAUGAUUUGCCAGUUUUAAUCGCCGAGGCUGAAGCACAUAUUAGCAAGUUAGCACAAGAAAUAAUUGUUGAUGAAAGUAAAACAAUUACUAAAGACUACGCUAUGCUUGACAAACGGUUGCUGAGUAAAAAGCAAACUAAGGGGGAAUUAGAAAAAAUAGUGCAGAAAUGGAAAGGUAAAUUAUCAGAAAUUAAUAGAGAAAAAGAGGGUAAACUAAUUGUCUCUGAUCUUCCUAAUUUAGAAAAGAUUGAAUGUGGUAAUAACAAUUUUACUAGCAUCGAACUUGCUAAUUUGCCUAAAUUAACUUAUUUUAAUGCCAAUAAUUGUCAACUUACCGAGAUAAAAAUUGAAAAUUGCCCCGAAAUUAAUUAUUUUAAUGCGUCUAAUAAUCACCUUAAUAAUACUGGUUUUUUAGACAGCCUCAAUCCUGAAAAAUUAACCACUCUCAGCAUCCACAGCAAUAACUUCCCCGAACAAACUUUAGAGACAUUCGCUAAAUUUAUUAAUCUUCAACAAUUAUUUUUAGAUAAUAAUGAUAAAGCCAAAUUCAGAAAAGGCAUCUAUAAUCGUUUUAUUGGUUCUCUUAAACCUCUUCAAAAUUUAACUAAAUUAGAGAUAUUAAGCAUCGGAGUCACUGAUAUAGACUCCGGUUUGGAAUAUUUACCUAAAAGCUUGCGGAAAAUAGGUCUUACUUCUGCUAUCAAAGUCGAUACUGGUUGUUCUAAAAUUAGACAAGAAUUGGAAGAAGUCGCCAAAAUUGAAGGAAAUUACUCCCCGGAAAUAAGAAAAAAUAUAACCUUUUUAACCAUUAAUGACAAAAAUCUCAAAGGUCAUUUGGAUUUACGGGAUUUCACUAAAUUAGAAAAACUUGAUUGUUCCGAUAACCAAUUAACUAAUUUAGAUUUAAGUCAGUGUGCGGAAUUGACUCACCUCUAUUGCGAAAACAACUCACUCACUAGUUUAGAUUUUUUAAAUACUUUGCCGAACAAAGAUAAAUUAAAAGAAAUUUACUUAGGAGAUAAUCCAGAACUACAUAGUCAAAAUUUAGAUUUUUUAACCCCUUUUACGGAAUUAGAAGAAUUAAAUAUAGAAAACUGUCCUUUUAGCGGGAGUCUGAAAUCCUUAAAGAGUAUAGGUAAAUUAAAGAAUAUUUAUAUCAGCGACACUGAUAUAGACAGUGGUUUAGAUGAUUUACCAACUAAUUGCCAAAGAGUUUAUUGUAGCAAUAAUAAAGCGGAUAGAAAGGAACUAAAAGCAAAAAUCGGGAAAGAAGAAAUAAAAAAACCAACCGAACUAAGUAAACUUAAAUCUCCGGAACAAUUUGGCCGAUUUAAAUAUCUAACUGGUAUAGAAUAUGCUUCUACGUCUACUACUGUUAUCGGGGGUGCUUUAACCUUAUUAGACUUCUCUACUACUGGAGGAGUUAUUACUCUCACUGCUCCUUUGGUAGGCCAAGGUGCUAAAGAAUUUGAAAAGGAUGCCGAUACUUUUUUAGAAAAUUUUAAUGAGUUAAUGGGAAUAUUGAAACAGAUUGAAGCAGGCGAAGUAGGAACGGUAAGCGAAGCUCUCGAGGAUCUAAAAAAGCAAGUCUAUAAAUUUUUAAAUGCUUAUGAUGAAGAUCGUAAUGAAGAAAUAGACAUUAAGGAAUUAACUAAUGGACGGGUCAAAUUUGCCAAAGAACUAAAUAAAGUAGAAGAAAUUGUGGAAGCUAUGAAAGAAUUAGAGGAGCAGGUAAUUAACUAUCGGCAAGAUCAAGUUCCAAUAGUUAAUGAAUUACUCCAAAAACUAACUAAUAUUAAGGAAGGGAAAAGGGAAAAAAUUGAAAAAAUAUUUAAAGAAGAAUUUCCUAAGAAAGAAAUUAAGAAAAUAAUUUUCUCAGAACGAGGAGAAAAUAAAGAACAGUACUUGAUAAUUAGUAAUGAAGUGCUAAAUGAUUCAAUUCCAAAAUAUUAUUUAAAUUUAGUUGAUUUAAUAAUAAUUAAUAACGCUUUUUAUGAGGCAAAAAUGAACAACUUCUCCCAGCCUUUUAGUUCGGAGGAAGAAGCAAAAAAAUUAAUAAAAAUUGAGUUUACUGAGGAGCAAGAAAGGAGGAUUGAGAAUGAACUGAAAAAGUUGUACCAAGAAAAGGAAGCUAAAGAACUUAUAGACAAACAAAGUAUUACCGAAGUUCAAAUUAGUUCUGAACAAAAAGGAGAAAGUUCUGCUCAGGCACAAAUAGAAAUUCCUCCCAAAAUUAAAGCCCGCAACACUCUCCACCGGGUUUUAGAAAAUGCCCAAAGCGAAGGUGAAAAAAUGGGAGUGGUUAAAGCCUUUGAAUUUUGUUAUGAACUAAGUUGGAAAAUAUUGAAAAAAAUAUUAAACUUUCACAGUAUAGAAGUUGGUAGUGCUCGAGAUGUUUUUCGGGAAGCAACUAAGCAAAUAAUUAGACAAAUACUUAGUAGAUAUCCUUAUCGUUUUUAUGCCUAUGGUUCACGAGUGAAAGGUACAGCCAGAAAAUUUUCUGAUUUAGACCUCUGUUAUCAGGAAGAAAUGCCUUGGAAUAUUUAUGGUCGUGUUAAGGAGGAUUUUGAAGAAUCUAAUUUGCCUUUUAAAGUGGAUUUGGUGUUUUGA